UUUGCACCGAUGACCUCUGCACCAAUGAGAAUGAUUGAAACUUUCUUGACGAACAGUGUAGAAGUCAGACGUGGUUGUGUGAGUUUAACCACCGACUAAACCUCAGGUUGUACUUUGAGCUCCCAAGCUGACUGCAGUGAUCGAUCAUGACAAUUCUUGGUGAUGCAGAAGCACAGUUCCAUUUCAUCAACAAAGGACAGGACGAUGAACUGGAAUGCCAUGGAUUUAAAAGAGAUAAGGUAAAGACUUCUGUCACAGUUGUCUUUGCCACGUGCACACUGGGACUUUUAUUCCUUGUGUUCUACUGGAAGCCGGAGUGGUUUGUGUGGGCACAGUUCAAAUCCUGUAAACUUGUGGAUGCUGAUGUUGUGCUGUUACAAACUACGGAUGACCACCGGACUUGGAGUAAGGAGAGGGUCAAAUAUGAAACCAACGAUAGCAUGCCUCUCCAUACCUCAUCUUUAGAAGCUAGCUGUGAAGAUGACAAGGACUUACAUCAGAUGCAGGAAUUAUCAGAGACGUCAACAGACAGUAGUCCUUUCUCCUACAGGCAGGACAAUGCCCUCAUCCGUGAUACGAGGUCCAACUGUCAACCUGAGAGGCAGAACUUGCGUUACUUCAUUCAUCACUGCUUAAAGUAUGUAUGGAAUGCAGAGAAGCAAACUUUUGAAAAACUCAGGAGUUUGGGCUCAGGCAUGCCAUGUUCAUCAUUCUACACAUUGAGGCAUGGGCUGUCUUCUACAGAUCAUGCAAACAGGCAAUCCCUGUAUGGUGACAAUGUCAUCACAGUGGAGGUGAAACCCUACAUCAAGCUCCUGUUCUAUGAGGUGCUGAACCCAUUUUACAUCUUCCAGCUGUUCAGUGUUUGCCUGUGGAUGUCAGAUGAGUACUACUAUUAUGCUGCUGCCAUCAUUGUCAUGUCUUUAACCUCCAUUGCUGUCUCACUCUACACUAUACGCAAGCAAAGUGAAAUGCUACAUCAAAUGGUAGAGUCCCACAAUACCAUGCUGGUCAAAGUUUGUCGCAGGGGAGAAGAUGUAGACUGUCAGGAAGUCAUCUCAACUGACCUGGUACCAGGGGAUGUGCUUGUCAUUCCUCCCAAUGGGAUGUUGAUGCCGUGUGAUGCUGUACUCAUAACAGGGAACUGCAUUGUCAAUGAGAGCAUGCUAACAGGAGAGAGUGUGCCUGUCACAAAGACACAUCUGCCUUCCCAAAGUAGUGAGGUUUACUCACCUGAGAAACACAAGAGCCACACCCUGUUCUGUGGUACCCAGGUGAUCCAGACCAGGUACUACGGAGGGGAGAAAGUCAAGGCUGUGGUUGUCAGGACAGGUUUUUCUACAGCUAAAGGAGAGCUUGUACGCUCCAUCUUGUUCCCCAAGCCACUCAACUUCAAACUGCUUACAGCAGCUUAUAGAUUUGUGCUGGUUCUUGUAGGUGUAGCCAUGAUUGGUUUUACGUUUACAGUCGCGUGGAUGGCCCUUGAUGGGGAAUCAGUUGGAGAGAUCUUCUUGGAGGCAUUAGACCUUAUCACGAUAUGUGUUCCCCCUGCUCUGCCCUCGGCGCUGACUAUUGGGAUUAUUUAUGCCCAAAGAAGACUUAAAAAGCAAGGAAUUUUUUGCAUAAUUCCGGAGCGAAUCAACAUCUGUGGUCUUGUGGACUUGGUGUGCUUUGAUAAGACUGGGACCCUGACGGAAGAUGGGCUAGACCUGUGGGCUGUGGUACCAACCAAGAAUGAUAGCUUUGCACCUGCCAUUCAAGAUGUCUCCCUGCUCCCUUUGGGGCCAUUCCUUACUGCCAUGGCAACCUGUCACUCCCUCACUGUGAUUGGUGGAAAUCUAUCAGGAGACCCUCUGGACCUUAAGAUGUUUAAAUCUACAAAAUGGGAGUUGGAGGAACCAGGUAGUGAAGAGAGCACUAAGUUUGACAUGUUGGUGCCAACUGUUGUUCGACCUCCAAAUACUACAGUCCUGCUUCAUCCUUCUCCUCAUGAAAGAGAGCACCCAUAUGAGGUGGGAAUUAUUCGCCAGUUUACAUUCUCGUCAAGCCUGCAGCGCAUGAGUGUGAUCACACGUACACUGGGCAGCCAUCACAUGGAGGUGUACACCAAGGGUGCUCCUGAGAUGAUCAUCCAACUUUGCAAGCCUGAAACCGUUCCAACCAAUUUCAGUGAAAUUCUAAUGACAUACACAGAAAGUGGCUUCAGAGUAAUUGCAUUUGCAUGGCGACCAUUGGAGGAUAAAGUCAGGUUUUUACAGGCACAACGGAUGUCAAGGGACCAAGUUGAGACUGACCUAACAUUUCUGGGCCUGAUGGUUAUGCAAAAUGCUCUCAAGCCAGAAACCACACCCACCAUCCAACAACUCAGGGAGGCCAACAUCAGGACUGUCAUGGUAACAGGAGACAAUAUCCGGACAGCUGUGAGCGUAGCAAGGGAGUGUAAGAUGAUUUGCUCGGGUCAGCAAGUUGUAGAAGUCACGGCUCUUCCUCCUACCGACAGCACCCCUCCUACUGUCACCUACACAGUCUCAACUAAACACAUGGAGCCAGUGGAAGUAAAGGAAGAUAAAGUGAAUGCAGAUGACGAAAUGGAUCAGUUCCGCUUUGCCAUGAGUGGGAAAUCAUUUGCCGUCAUCAGGAAGUACUUCCCGCAUGUUCUACCCAAGGUGGCUGUAGGUGGCACAGUUUUUGCCAGAAUGUCACCAGACCAGAAGACACAGCUCGUGGAGGUUUACCAAGAUUUAGGGCACUAUGUUGGCAUGUGUGGUGAUGGUGCAAAUGAUUGUGGGGCGCUGAAACGUGCUCAUGCUGGUAUCUCCCUGUCAGAGCUGGAAGCCUCUGUUGCAUCACCCUUCACAUCUAGAAAGGCCACCAUUGAAUGCGUUUCCACACUUAUCAGGGAAGGUCGCUGUGCCUUGGUGACCUCCUUUGGUGUCUUCAAGUUUAUGGCUCUCUACAGCAUGAUUCAAUUCAUGUCAGUUCUUAUCCUGUACGGUGUCUUUGCCAACUUGGGUGACACCCAGUACCUUUAUCAAGACUUGGUGAUAAUAACGACCAUUGCCUUUGUCAUGAGCCGCAACUCAGCGUACCCAAAGCUGGUACGACAGCGACCACCAACAAGUUUGCUGAGGCCCACAGUCCUGUUCUCUGUGGUAGUGCAGAUUGCCAUUCAACUGGCUUUCCAACUAGGGGCUUUCUACCUUCUACUAGCACAGCCAUGGUUUGUGCCUUGGGAGGACUAUAGACUCUGUAAUGAUGGAAGCAUGAAUACAACUGACAGCAAUAUCACCAUGAACUCCACCUUGAAACCAUGUACAGUUGACUAUGAGAGUGAAAGUAUCAUCAAAGUGAUGAAGGUUUUGACUUAUGAAACGGCCACGAUGUUUGGGAUAGCAACAUUCCAAUAUGUAACGACAGCCUUUGUCUUCUCCAAAGGAAGGCCAUUCCGGCAACCUAUUCAUACAAACUGGUUGUACAUAUUGGACCUCAUCAUCCUGACUGCUCUCAAUGUGUGGCUGUUGCUGUAUCCAACCCAGCCAGUGGCAUAUUUUGUGGAGCUCUCACAGUUUCCUGACUUCACCUUCCGCCUUUAUCUACUUGCUGGAGCUGCAGCGAAUUUUGUGACAUGCUGGCUGAUUGAGGUACUGUUAGCAGAUAACAAUGCUCUUUGGAAGUGGCUAACAUCAUCCUACCACCAACACCACAAGAAAAAGUACCAGAUUCUGCAAGAGGAGCUCCUUUAUGACAAAGACUAUGGCCUUCCAGUUGGGGCCAUGCAUCUCCAAGGCACUGGAAAAGAAAGCAAUUGCAAUGAUGGCCAUAGAGGAGAUAUGUGUAGCAUAAACGUUCAGGCAGAUAAUGCUUGUAAUCCAAAUGUGGAUUCAACCUAUUUGUAACAUUUUGGACUCUGCAUCAGACAAUUUCUUUGUAAAGCUUGGGUUAGGUUUGCCCCUGCUGAAAAAUAACAGCAUCUGUUUUUGCUUGCAUUUGUGAAAUGUAUUACUGCAGAAGUUACAAGAUGCAGAUUGCCAAGAGUUUUUAGUAAUAGGUAGACAUUGUUUGUAACAUUAUAGCCAUAAGAAUUAUGAAACACGUUCCAAUUGUGAGUAUUUAUUAUAUCAAACUCUGUACAAUGUAAGUUGAUUUUGUUGUGUUGCUAUAGAUGAGAGGCAUAGCAAAGAAUUAUAUCAUGAGAACUGAUUUUUACAUAAGGCCACAGCAAAUCAAUUUUAUGAAUGAUAUCAUCGCACUCAUCAAUUUUUCCUGAUUUCAGGAAAUAUGUUAUGUUGUAGCCUGAAGAUUGUAUUUGUAAGAUAUCCAUGUCUGAAUUUGUAGAAGUGAAACUAGUUAGAUAGUUGUAUACAGGUAAAUGGCUGCAGUAUACACUGAACCUUUUGAUAAGGGAACAGGUAUAACAGAAUUUGCGUAUGAAAAAUAAUAAGAAAUAUGUAAGAAAAUAUACAUUCAGAAAUUGUAAGGCAUGAAAUGUGAACGUGAACCUGUGAUAAUGAUGGUUUUCUAUCAGAUUCUGUUUUUGACCCAAAAUCACCCGACCUUAAGGUCCCUUCGGAAUAGAUUAAUUUGCAUAGCAUGUACAUUUCAAACUGGCAUUUGGUAUGGAAAAAACUUAGUAAUAGUUAGAACACGCCUUGAGGGCUUAUAUUAGGAAAUAGAGUUGCUCCACCCACGAGGGGGGUUCUUUGAGGGUCUUAAAAAACCGCAUUGGCGGAGCGACUCUAUUACAUAUAUUUUCUCAAUAGAAGGCCGAAAGCCCGUGGUCUCAACGUUUUAGAACAUGGCCACUACCCUGAAAAUUCUCCUUUUUUUCACGAUGAAUCAAGCACAAUUUACAUUUAGGAUAUCAUAUUAUAUUCAAAGUAUCUCUGUUUAGGAUCAUUUAGGAUAUCAUAUUAUAUUCAAAGUAUCUCUGUUUAGGAUAUCACAUAGUAUUCAAAGAGUAUCUAUCUAACUCUUUUCUUAGAUGCGUGAUUAUCAAAGCCAGUGUGAAUGACCUUUGCAAGCCGAUUAAUGCCGUAGACGCGUAGACAAACAAAUACGAUCUGGUGUGUCAUCAGAGAUGUCAGAGCCAGACGUGCAGUGGUGCAGAAAGAGUGUGGUUCUAUGAAAAAUUUGUGGCUCUAUUUUAUUCAAAUGAGUUCAUAAUACCACACAUUUUUCAUAGUACCCUAUUUUUUCAUAUAUAAACACAUUAAUAGUGUCCAUGUUCUAAAUACAUGUACUUAAUACAAGCUUUUUAAAUG